AAAAAGAAAUUAAUUUUGAGAUAGGGAGUUGCUAUAUAGCACAGGCUGGCCUCAAACUUACAGUAGUCCUGCCUCCACCAGCUGAUUUCUGGGACCCCAGGUAUGGGCUACCACAUCUUAUUUUUCAUUCCUUUUAAAAAACCCCUUGCACAUGAGCUUCCUGUAACAGGUGGGGAGUCUUUGCCUACACAGGAAGAAAUAGGAAUUCAGGAAGGGUGAAUCACUUGUCUCUAGUCCAGUUAUUUAUCCUUCUAAUAGAAGGUUUGGGAUCACUUAGUAAAUAACACAAGAUAUUGAUGUGAUCUUAACCUUUUGGAGUAACUUGGAAAUUCAUUUAAUUUUCUGAAGCCUUUUCAUCUUUUUCUUCUCAAGCAGCAAGUCUAAAUUCAUUAAGAGGUUGUGAGAAUGAAGCCCGGGCAGGUAGCCAUUAGCAAGCAUAGAUAGUCAAGCAAACAACAUUGUGAGUCUUUCCUUCGGCCUGUGGUCUCACCCGUGACUAAGGACCGGACUUAGGAGCAGCUAAAGGCUGUCCAUGUUGGAGGAGCUACACUACGUAGAAUGUUCAUCUGGAAAUAGGUGUUGGUGACACUCUACUGAGACAUGAAGUCUUGGGUCACUAGAUUCAUCCUUGGGAACAUGGUAUUGACAGUCUACCUGCCUUUGGUGUUGACUUCGCCUAAAACAUUGGCCAUCCCUGAGAAGCUGCAGCACGUUGUGGGGGAAGUGAUUGUCAAUGCGACAACCUGCACUGUCACAUGUGGCCUUGGCUAUAAGGAGGAGACCGUUUGUGAGGUGGGCCCUGAUGGGGUGCGCAGGAAGUGCAAGUCCCAGCGCUUGGAGUGUCUCAGCAACUGGAUCUGUGGGAUGCUCCAUUUCACCGUUCUCGAUGGGGAGGAGUUUGAACUUAGCUGCCUCAGUUCAGACAUCUUGGAGAUUGGACAGGAAGCUUUCCGCUUUACCUGGAGACUUGCUCGGGGCAUCAUCUCUACUAAUGAUGAAGUGUUCAAACCCUUCAGAGCCAACUCCCAUUUUGUGAGGUUCAAACCUGCUCAGGAGUAUGACUCUGGGACAUACCGCUGUGAUGUGCAGCUGCUGAAAAACUUGAGAUUUGUCAAGAGACUGUAUUUUGGGCUGAGGGUCCUUUCUCCAAACUUGGUAAACCUGAAUUUCUAUCAGUCCCUUACUGAGGAUCAGAAGUUAAUAGAUGAGGGCUGGGAAGUUAAUCUCGACAACCAAUCUAAGCCUUUCCACUCCCAGUGGCAGAAAAAGGUGGCAUCAGCCUUAGGCAUUGGGAUUGCUGGUGGAGUGGCCGGUGGGGUGCUGGUGAGCCUUGCGCUCUGCAGGGUGCUGAGGGGGACUGAUGGUAACAGCAGCCUCACAAGCAUACAAGCCUUAUUCCUGGGGGGCUGGCUGUCCAGGAAGUCAAGCUAGCUUUGCUGGUAUGUUGUAUCUUGGCUGUCCAAUAGUGGACUAGCUAGGAAGGAAGGUCCCCAUGGUCAGAAGGCUGGCUGAGAGGUGUGGAGGAUCUAGUCUUAGGGCUCAGGGAGCACUGAAAUCCUUUGCAUCCUGGUCUCCCUGACAUGAGAUGCUCAAGGUCUCGCGGAGGCUUUCUCCUGCUCCUGAGGAGAGUUCAGUCUUCCGAGGUUGCCUUCGGUCCUACCCUUGGCAGCAUGUGUGCCACCCACCUCCAUUUCCCUUCUUUUAACAGUGCUUUUGUAGCCCGGGUGUGUUAAUAGCUGUCCUAUAGAAGCCUAUUUGUCAUACUUUUCUCUUAAAUAAAAAUAACUCAC